AACUCCAAACUAAAACUCAAGCUCAACCCAACCCUAACAUAUUUUUCUUUCUCUACAACAAGCCCUCCCCUCGUCGAAACGCGAAAACAAGUGACUGAGUGAAAAAAAACGCUGCCGUUUUCCUGCCUCUCUCUUCUUCUACGUUCUCAACUGGCCCCCCCUCCGCUGCAAAAAUCAUACAUUUUUCUCUUUCCAAGUCAGAUAUCUCAUUUGCUGUUUGAUUACCAUGGAUUCUGAAUCUUGUACGGACCAAACAAACAAAACCCUAGAUGAGCAAGCUAGCAAGGCCAUUGUUCAGGUAUAUCUAGGUCCUAUCACCCCUGAUUCUAUCAAAGAGACUGGGGAUUUCCCACUCUCUCCAGUCACUUUAGUUAAAAAACUGCCCAAAGUUCUCUCCUUUGCCUCUAAAACGAACAGAAGUGAGGACCAUUUUGACAACUUUAGCAGCCCAAGAACACCCAAGGAUGGUGUUUUUGACCCUUUUGCUCCUGGCCACGAAGACAAAAUCCUGGCUCCUCAGUGCAAGAAAUACAAUGAUGAAGCGAGGGCCAGUGUUGUGCGCCGGCUUAAUUUUACUUCUUCUUUCAGAGCCUUGAGAAAUGGGAGUUUUGGUGAUGAUGUGGAGUUCUUAUCGGAUGAAGAGAUGUUUGAAUCGGUGUAUGAAAGUUUAUUGGAAGCUAUUGUUUCGAAGCAGACUGAGGGCGCGCUUGAAGAAAUGAAAAAAUUAGAAUGGGAUUCUGAUGACUGCACAACACCUCCUGCAGCUCCUAUUCUAACCGGAGUUCCUGAUACUUGUCCCGCCGCUCCUCUGAAGCGAAAAGGUAAAUCUAGGAUUAUUGAUUUGGGAUUAUGUAGAAAGCUUGAAUUCUAAAGGUGAUUUGCUUGUGCUUAUCUGAUCUGAGUAGGAUGCAGUGCUGCCAACUAAUUUUAUAAGAUUUCAUAAUGUAUUUUGUAUGAAAGCUGUUGACAUAUGUGCCUCUUAAGUCAUAACUUGUGGUCUAUACAGAUAUUAUUUAACUAGGAUGAUUUUCCGGACAAAGAUCACAAUGUAGUUGUAGCAUUGUAUAGGAAUUCUUGACGCGUACUUACUUUUGGAAAUGAGCAACUGUAGCGACAAGUGUACUUUUUUUUUCUUAUGACUCUACCCAUGGGAGUUCAUUAUGUUUGUAUCUCAUAAUGUGAAUUGUUGAAAUUAAUAAAAAAGAAUGCCUUCUUGUCUUA